UCGUCCCCUUCGCCGCCCAGAGGGCUUCACUACCUGACUGGCCAUGGACGAUACCCUGUUCCAGUUGAAGUUCACAGCGAAGCAGCUAGAGAAACUGGCCAAAAAGGCAGAGAAGGACUCCAAGGCUGAGCAGGCCAAGGUGAAGAAGGCCCUUCAGCAGAAAAACGUGGAGUGUGCCCGCGUGUAUGCUGAAAAUGCAAUCCGCAAGAAGAAUGAAGGUGUAAACUGGCUCCGGAUGGCGUCCCGUGUGGAUGCAGUAGCAUCCAAGGUACAGACAGCUGUGACCAUGAAGGGGGUGACCAAGAAUAUGGCACAGGUGACCAAAGCUCUGGACAAGGCGCUGAGUGCCAUGGAUCUUCAAAAGGUGUCUGCAGUGAUGGACAGGUUUGAGCAGCAGGUGCAGAACCUGGAUGUGCACACGUCGGUAAUGGAGGAUUCUAUGAGCUCUGCCACCACGCUGACCACACCUCAGGAGCAGGUCGACAGCCUCAUUGUGCAGAUUGCUGAGGAAAAUGGCCUAGAGGUCUUAGACCAGCUCAGCCAGCUUCCAGAGGGUGCAUCUGCUGUGGGUGAGAGCUCAGUGCGCAGCCAGGAGGAUCAGCUGUCUCGAAGGUUGGCUGCCCUGAGGAAUUAGCAUGCCCUCGGCAGGUGUUGCCUCCCUUCUCCUAUGAUGCACUGGAGGCUUCUGCCCUCGACGUUCUCCAACCCUUCAUCGCUGCCUUGGCUCUUUUCCAACCUGCCAGGCUGGGCGCCUUAGAACUGAGCCUUAGGUUGGGCAAUGGGCCUCAGUCCUGAUACUGAAUUUGCACAAGUGUGUGGGUGACUCAUGGUGACUUUGUGGGCCACAUCUGGAAGAUGGCAAGUUCUGUGUUGUCCUCUGCCUAUGGGGAGUUGACAGGGUUUGACCAGCAGAUGUGUGCACUUCAGCCCAGUGCUUCAGGGCCUUCAGUUUCCAGUGAACAGAAACCUGCUGCUUGCUGUGGCCAGUGAAGAUCAGAGCCAGUCCUUUGCCAGGUAGUUCCUGGGAGCCUCUCCCUGACCUCUGCAGACAGGAAAUCCUGUUGAAUGACAGCCCCGAGUAGGUUCCUGUGGACUUUUGUGUACCAGAGAUGUCCAUUGCCACCAACACUGUCUGGGGCCUUACAGGUGGUUCCUCUCCUCCAUGUUCCCAGGGCUGAGUUUGUUCCUUGGCUGCCACUGCCAGCCGGCUGAGUAGGCCAGGGCUUUCUGUCCCUCAGCUCCCUUCCCAGCCCACAGAACUGUCAUCCAAUCUCAAGUCCAGGUGUUUCCUCCUGAGAGAUGCUUACCCUUCCUCAGCAGCUGCCUCUGGAAGGGUUUGGGGCCACUUGGGCUGCACGGUCUGUGUGAUGGCUCCAGGCCUCCAAAUUACAGCCUUUCAGGCCUUUUAAA